CUUAAUUGCUCUCACUGACGAAGAUGCCAUCUUCGCUGAAUUUUGAUCGCGAGCGCCACAACACGUGUUGCGGAGAGUUUGCGAACCGUCCGAUUGCGUUCCAAAAGCCGUUCAACAAAGGUGCGGUGACGUAACACAGUCUGAUGCCGUCAUUGUAAACUUUUGUUUACGUAGCGGGAAGCCGGGUAGCACGCAUAUCGAGCACCACAACAUGGCGGCGCACAGCGAGGAGCACAGCGCGGGUGGUCUCAACUAGCGUGCUCGGCUUCAUAAGCCGAAUUAUUUAAUAAUUAACCCCUGUAUGUGCCAACAUCACGUUUAUAAGUGCAUACUAGUGUUACUUAAAGAACAUGAGUAGCCAGCACGGUAACGUAAAGAGGACCCGUCCCCAGAAACAUCAAAAUUCGACAGCAUUCAAGAACACGCUCCAUGACAAGAGCUUGCAAACGAAGAAAAUGAUCAGCCUCAAGAUCACCAACGUCUGUGUGAGGUGUAAAGAGAAGAUAGAAUGGAAGAUAAAAUACAAGAAAUACAAGCCCCUCACGGUGCCUCGCAAAUGCGUAAAAUGCGAGGGAAAAACGGUGAAGUCGGCUUACCACAUCAUAUGCGACGACUGCUCGAUCAGUCGAAAAGUCUGUGCAAAGUGUGGAACUUCGGAGAACUUGGUACAGGACUCCGAGGAAACUGAAAAGCUAGAAGAAACUGAGAAGUUAGGGGAAACUGAUAAGUUGGAAGAAACCGACAGUGAUUGAGCAUUGGUGGCUAUUGACUUCCGGCGCUGCUUGCUGUUCAGAUCUCGGUGCAUCGUUGAAGACUAUGAGGAGGACCGGCGUGCCCUCCAUGACUUUUCACUCCGUGACCGCCAAGUGGACUCGAAGGCGGAACGCUCUCGAUUGGUUCUCCGCCUCUUCCUCCGACGGACUUCGGCUU